AUUUAAUGGGAGCAUAGUGUUGUAAUAAUUACUAGUAUCCCGAAGAUAUGGAGCCAUGUGAAGAUUCAGAAUUGAAACGUCUUGAUCUUCGAUAAAUUAACAUUAAAUACAAUUACAAAAAGAAGUAAAAAGUAAUGAAUUCAAGUUAAACAACUAAAACAUAAGAAAGAACUAGGUAAUUGGCAGUGACUUUAAAGAGUGGAGGAAUAUAUUUAGGUGAUUGGAUUGGUAAUAAGAGAGAAGGUUAUGGAACUUUAAAAUGGCCUGAUGGUUCUGAAUAUUAGGGUGAAUGGAAAAAUAAUAAAGCAAAUGGAUAGGGUAAAUUUAUUUAUGCAGAUGGAGAUUUUUAUGAGGGAUAAUGGGAGAAUGACAAAUAAAAUGGAUAAGGGAUAUUCUAAUCUUAGAAUGGAGGUAAAUAUUAGGGUUCAUGGAAAGAUGAUCUAUAAUAAGGAUUUGGAAUUGAAACUUGGGAGGAUGGGAGUAAAUAUGAAGGAUAUUUUUAUGAAGGUAUUAAAUAAGGAUAAGGUACAUAUACAUGGAGUGAUGGUUCAUAAUAUACAGGUUUAUGGAUUAAUAAUAAGCGACAUGGUUAAGGAGUAUAAAUUUGGAAAAAUGGAAAGUAAUAUCAAGGUGAAUGGUUUGAAGAUUAUAUGUGUGGAUAAGGAUCUAUGAAAUGGUCCAAUGGUUGCUAAUAUAUAGGUUUAUUUAAUAAAGAUGCUCCUAAUGGUUAUGGAAUUUUCAAGUGGGGAAGUAUUGUAUUAAAGAUAUUUUAGAUGGAAAGAGUUAUGAAGGUAGUUUUAAAUUAUCUAAACCUAAUGGUAAAGGAAAAGUUGUCUUGGAAAAUGGAUAGACAAGAUUUGGAGAAUGGCAAGAUGGAAAACUCUUGAAAUGGUAUGAUAAUUAAUAAGAUGUUUAAAAAGACAACUUUGAUGUACUUAAUUUAGAAGAUUUGUGA